AGGCCGAGUCGGGAAUGUCGUAUGUCGGCAAACAAAUCUGACAAACAAUAUUUUUCAUUUAUGAGUUAAUGUCACGAUUUAUAAAGCCAUGGCCGCCGUUCUGAAGAAACGGGCUCUUGCUGAGUACACGCAAGUUAUUGAGGAGCAGCCAAGACCUGUGAAAAAACUUCGAUUAGUGAGAAAAGCAUCUUCAAGCAAUUCUACUAUCCUGUACGUUGGUCUUCUCGAGAGACAAAAAACAAGUAAUGAUGCAUUACAGGUAUUACUGCGAAUCUCAGAUUCACUGCAGUUCCAGGAAGAUGACUUUUUAGACAUCAUUAAAAAGCUUCAGGAACACUUUAGACGUGAGAAAGAGUCAGCUGUACGGGUCAAAAUUCUAUCCUUAUUUGUCGAUAUUGGCAGUGAAGCAGGUGCAGACGUUCAACUUUUAUUAGAAGAAACACAACAAAUGCUGAAGGAAGAAACGUCUCACAAAGUAAUUGUACAAGGAGUAACAACUUUACUUCGCCUUGGGAAACUACUUCAUGACAAUGUGCAAGUUCAUAUCAAGCUGGUACUAGCUACCAAACAGUACCUGAAGGAUACCUCUCAGGCUGUUAAAUCUAGGUGCCUAGAGUUAAUUGGUGAGUUGCUCCCAGUUAGUGAUUCAUCUCACAGCGGACUAACUCAGAGUAUGCUCAGACUUAUUGGUGACUACACUCAUAGCCAAGAUGCACGUGUGAGGGCGGCAUCCUUCAAAACAAUGAUUAAUCUUCAUAAUCGAGGACUGAAGCUUGACUCUACUAUAUACUCUGAAGUGUGUUCUUCAUUGAAAGAUGAUUAUGAAAUUGUUCGUCUUGCUGCAUUAAGGUUGAUUUGUGUCCUGGGCAAUACUUACCCUGAAAACAUUGUGGUCUUACCUGACUCUGAAGGAGAACAGUUGCGGCUUGUUGAUGAUGCAUUUGCUAAAAUCUGCAGCUCAGUGACUGAUUUAUCUUUGCGAGUCCGAACUAUUGCCUGUCAGCUUCUUGGGACAAUGACUCAAGUGAGCCCUAAAUUUUUGGAACAGACAUUGGAUAAGAAGCUUAUGUCCAACAUGAGAAUGAAACGGUCUGCCCAUGAACGAGCUUUGGAAGUGGUGAGGUCUGGAGAGUGGUCCAGUGGCAAAAAAUGGGCUGAUGAUGCUCCAAGACAAAAGCUUGAUGCUGAUUCAAUUAGCUUGGUUACAAGUGGUUCUUGUGGUGCUUUUGUCCAUGGUUUAGAAGAUGAGUUUUUAGAGGUUCGUAGUGCUGCCGUAGAUGCACUUUGUUUGCUAUCUUUGGACAAUCCUCGGUUUGCUGUCAUGUCUUUGGACUUUUUAGUGGACAUGUUCAAUGAUGAAAUAGAAGAUGUGCGUAUAAAAGCAAUUGACAGUUUGACUAAAAUUAGUAAACAUAUUGUGUUGAGAGAUGAUCAGCUUGAAACCGUCUUGGCCGCCCUAGAGGAUUUCUCUAUGGAUGUGCGAGAAGGGUUACAUAAAAUGUUGGCAGCAUGCAGGCUGUCCACAAAUAGCUGUCUUCAAAUGUGUGUUGAAGCACUUUUGGAUAAUCUCAAGAAGUACCCUCAGGACCGCCGCUCUUUAUGGCGCUGUUUCCAAAGAAUUGGCAGUGUACACCCAGAGCUCACACUUCCAAUUGUGCCAACUCUUCUAAAUAUCCACCCAUUUUUUGACAUGCCUGAACAUGAUGUAGAAGACCCAGCCUAUAUUUGUAUUUUGAUUUUGGUGUUCAAUGCGGCUCAGCAGUGCUCUACAAUGCUCCAGCUUUUUGAAGAAAAUACUUUAAAACAUUACUCAUACCUUCGCGAUACCAUGCCUCAUCUAGUACCCGUCUUAAAACUGGGAGUUAAUGUUCGAGCUCAGGAGCUAGCCAGUGUGGAAACAAACACCUCUCAAUUCAUGGAACAAAUUUUUAGCCAACUUGAAGCAGCUCCUAACACCACUUUACGUGCUGAACUUAUGGAGGCUGCUCAGAGAGACUUGAGCAGGCUAGCCACAAUCGAUUCGGCUGUGUCAGGGGCUGCUGAAUUCACUGCUCUCUUUAUUGGAUCCCAGUUAUUGAUGGAGCAAGUGCUUUCAAAUCGUCUUUGGUCUAAUCCCGCUUCGCUAGCCACUCAACAAGGCAACAUCAUCCGAACAACAAUCACAACAUUACUCCAAAACUGUCUAAAAUUACAGCACAUGUUUAUGGGUCUGGGCUCUGUGGAGCUUGCAGCAGUAAAGCAGUUCAAGCUGAAGGCACUUGCCCUGCAGCUUGUGUACAUUGUAACAGGCAGUAAUUCUUCUGCUCUCUCCCUCUGUGACCAUUUUCUUCUCCAAGUAGAAGAAACGCAAAAAUACUUGACUGAUGAGAGUGUGAAUGCUGAAACGUUCACAAGCCUCUUAUUUAAAGAAAUGGCUCUAUUGGAGGAGACAAAGCCCGGGCCCGUUGCUCGCAGUGUGUUGAAACUUCUGCAGACAUCGAGUCUUGCUCCGCCUCCUCACCCAAAUACAUCUGUCCACAUGCUGUCUGCUGUAAUCAACGAGCCGCAAGGAGAUGCUGACAGUGCUUACAAGUUUACAGCUGGAAUGGUUAUAGGAAUCCCUCUAGAUGCGGAUAUACGCAAUUUGCGAGAUACAUCUAUAGUACGAGUUAAACUAAAAUAUCCUGAUCAGCAAACAGUUCUGAUUAUUCCGAGAACUUCAGAUUUACGUAGAAUGGACAGAGAUGAUGCAUCUGAUUCUAAUGGUACAGAAGAAUGUUCUUGUUUCCGCUUAUUAACAACUGUGUUGGUGUCACAUCAAGUAUGGUCAGAGGCAAUGCAUGUAGAUAUUAGCCUAGCCUUAGAUGUAUCUGAAGCUGAAGGUGGAUUAGGAGUACCCUCCACAGCAAGGAAGGUUGCUGCACAGAGCCAGAGAGAUCCGUGUGUAAUAGACAUUUGCAAACCUGUCAAAGUAUUUGUGUCGCCAAGACCUAUUAAAAGAGGAAUUUAGACUUACUCUUUUCCUUGCACUAGUAUUUCUUAAAGGAUCUUAAACUUUUGCUAGUCUCCUUGUUCAUUCUAAGCCGCAUUUUCCACCCUUACAUUCAUCUUAUGGCUUGUCAUAUUUUAUAAAUCUGUGAAUAUUUAUGUAUAAAAUGUAUUAUAGUGACUUGACUUCAUUUGUAAAUAUCUGAUCAUGUACAAAGUAGUUGUCAACAGUUAUCUUUAUUAUUUUAAAAGAUAAUAAACUUUUGAAGGGGAAUUUUGGUUUGUUUCUUUUCAAGAUGUGGAACUACAGUACCCUCACUUGUAAAACAGCUAGUUUAGUCCCUUCCCCAAACUUAACUGAAGAUGUAGAAAAAUAAAUCUUUCCUCCCCCCGUUCUUCCCAAGUUCUUCCCUCUGACAUCAGCCCCAGCCCCAGCUGGAUCAGGUUGUGCGAAUAGACAUACUGAUUGUAAAUAAUAGUUUUAACCUGCGAAUAGUUGACCCGUGUUAUUGUUUUUGUUUAUGCUCGUUGGAAGACUGUUAUCGGCUAUCACACGAAUUCCACAAGUUCCUUUAAUCUUUCUGCUAAAAACUAGCCAUGACCAUCAGCCACCAAUUUAUGUGAGAUCGUCUGAUCAUUCCAAACUUCCAGCAAUAUUUGAGAGUUGCCAUUUCCAUGGAUGAUGAGGAAUUAGAAAGGUUAGCAGCUGAAGAGCUGCUGAAGGAAGCUAAGCAAGGUGCCGCCAGAGCAGUAGUACAUGGUGCGUUAGGGUGGAAAAAAGAUCAUGCACCCCGCCCCAAUAAACGCUUCCUUACCACAACUUUAGCGAACACCAUGCAACACAACCACAGAAGGUCUCGCUCCCGUUCAACAUCUCCUUACCACAAGUACAACCGUUCAAGGAGAGGGAAUUCUAGUCAUGAAUCAACCCACAGAGACAAGCACCGUCACAGAUCAAGAGAACGUCACCGAGACGAUCGAGAGUCUAGAAGAGAUAAAAGUGCAAAGAAGGAAAGAAGUGAAGUGAAACAUAGCUCUAAGAAACAUUCAAAGGAUAAGGAAAAAGAUGAAAGGAAAAGUCAUAGAUCGAAAAGGGGUCACAGUCAUUAACUGACAAUGUUUUUAUGUAAGACUUUCAUCAAGUGUUGUUGUUUUUUUUCUCUCAUUUUACAUCUUUGUUUCACUGACUUUUAUAGCAAGUAUUUUAGAAAGUCACUUCUUUGAGAUUAUUUCUUUGUUUAAAAAUUUCCCCUUCACUUUUUUUGUGAGAUUGUAGCAUGUCACUUGUUAAAUGACUGUCCUUUUCUCUAAUUUUCUUUUAUUUGGGCGCCAACUAUCUAGCCCACCAUUUGAUUCCUCUUACCCUCUCACCAACUUCCUUUCACCUGAGUUCUAGGGAAUGUAGUUUGCCCGAUGUUAUAUAGAGUUGUUAAAUUGUUGUUCUAUAAUGCCACUGUAUUUUGUGUAAGACAAGAUUUUCAAUAAAUAUUUCAGUAUCAUAAA